AUGCCUUCUUCCUCCUCGUUCGCAUCGGCGAAGGCGGAGGCGAGGAACUGGGCGGAGCUGCCGUUGGACGCGAUCUCAUCCAUCCUCCAUAAGCUCGACCACGUCGACAUCCUGAUGGGGCCCGGCCAAGCGUGCCGCUCCUGGCACGUCGCCGCCCGCGACGAGCCUGAGCUGUGGCGCCGCAUCAGCAUGCUUGGCCACGCCGAUCUCUCCCGCAACCUCAACCUCCACGGGAUGGCGCAGGCCGCCGUCCGCCGCAGCGCGGGGAGGUGUGAGGCGUUCUGGUGCGAGCACGCCGGCGGCCACGACUUCCUCCUCCGCCUCGCCGACCAAGCACCAUCUCUCAAGAGUCUUCGCCUCAUUUCAUGCUAUAAAUUUAGUGAUGAAGCACUUAUGGAGGCGAUAGUGAAAUUCCCUUUGCUUGAGGAGCUCGAGCUUGCAUUGUGUUCAAAUGUGGGUGAGAGUGGCGUGUUGGGGGUUGUUGGCAAAGCAUGCCCACAACUGAAGAGCUUCAGACUGAUUAAGGAUGUGUUGUAUGAUUCUGAAGCUAGUGACUACGACAAGGAUGAUGAAGCCAUGGGGAUUGCAACCAUGCGUGGGCUACGCUCUUUGCAGCUGUUUGGCAAUGGCCUGACAAAUAAAGGACUGACAACUAUCCUGGAUAAUUGCUGCCACCUGGAGUUCCUUGACAUUCGUCACUGCUUUAACGUCUACAUGGACAACACCCUGCGCACAAAGUGUGCUAGGAUAAGCACACUUUGGCUUAUCCUGCCAAAAUUGGGUGAUGUCAGCAUGAGAGAGCAAUUUAUUCGCCCACAAGCAUCUGAUAGGGGAUUUCCCAGAAUAAUAUCUUCCUCAUCCAUGGAUUCUCGGGGUGAUCUUUCUACCAUUGAGAAUCAGGUGUGCAAGCUAAUCGAUGAUUUGAGAAGCGAUUCCAUAGAAUGUCAAAGAUCAGCGACAUCAGAGAUUCGCCUUCUAGCUAAGCACAACAUGGAGAAUAGGAUUGUCAUUGCAGAUUGUGGGGCUAUAAACUUGCUGGUUGGUCUUCUUCAUUCACCGGAUGCCAAGAUCCAAGAAAAUGCAGUGACAUCCCUCCUCAAUCUGUCCAUGAGUGAUAACAAUAAGAUUGCCAUCGUGAAUGCAUAUGCUAUUGAUCCUCUCAUCCAUGUCCUGGAAACAGGGAACCCUGAAGCUAAAGAGAAUUCAGCAGCUACUUUGUUCAGUCUCUGUAUUACUGAAGAAAACAAAGGUCGCAUUGUGCAAGCUGAUGCGGUGAAGCACCUAGUUAAGCUUAUGGAUCCUGCUGCUGGAAUGGUCGACAAAGCUGUAGCUGUCUUGGCAAAUCUUGCUAUGAUAGCAGAAGGGAGGACUGCGAUUGGGCAGGCGCGUGGUAUUCCAGCCCUUGUUGAUGUUGUCGAACUGGGUUCGGCGAGGGGGAAGGAAAAUGCUGUUGCGGCAUUGCUUCAGCUAUGCAAAAACAGCAACAAAUCUUGCAGCAUAGUUCUUCAAGAGGGUGCUUUGCCCCCUUUAGUCACACUGUCACGGUCAGGAACACCGCGAGCAAGAGAGAAGGUUUUCCACUUCCGAUAA